AUGGAUAGCGUCUCCUUGCAAAAUUUAGUUGAGGUACACUUCCGGAGAUGCGGAAGAUGUAAACAUCUCCCUCAAUUGGGUCGACUACCUAACCUCAAGUCUUUAGCGAUUUGGAGGCUCCCUGAAUUGGAAUACAUCGAGUCAGACCAUUCCUCCACUUUUGAAUUGGAAUCCAUUGAGUUAGACUAUUCCUCCACUUCAACAGCAUCAUUUCCGAGUCUAUUGAGAUUAGAGAUCCGUCACUGUGAAAACUUGAAAGACAUGCCACCAACUCCAUAUCUUGAGGAUUUGAUUCUGAAGAAGGUCAACCAAAAGUUGAUAAAUCAGAUAUUUGGCCUUAAUAAGUUGAAGAGUACGGAUAUCUCUCAGAUGGAGUUUCUAGAUUGUUUUGCCGAGGAGUGUUUGCAAAGUCUCACUUCGCUUGAAUGUCUUGUCAUCAGUGAAUGUCCUCGGUUAACUUCCUUCUCACACGGCAUGCAACAUUUGUCGAACCUUGUGCAUCUCUCUUUUUCCAACUGUGAGGAGCUCGAUUUAUCCAAAGAUGAAAGCGACAACAUCUUUGAUUUGCAAGGACUUAAGAGUCUCCGGUCCGUGGACAUCCAUGGUGUUCCCAAACUAGCAUCUCUCCCACAGUGGCUUCUACAGGCCAGCAAUCUCGAGCAUCUUUCUAUUAAAAAGUGCUUAAAUCUGAAGGCUUUACCAGAGGAGAUCAAGGCCCUUCAGUCACUUCAACAGCUUGAAAUCAUCCGGUGCCCCUCGCUGACGUCAUUACCUGAAGGAAUGCAAGGGUUUGCAUCCCUUAGUCAACUAAAAAUAGCAGGUUGCCCAGAAUUGGAGGAGAGGUGCAAAGAAGAUGCAGGCGAGGACUGGUACAAGAUUAAGCGUAUCCCACACAUAACUCACAAGCUCGAAUACUAUGAACGCCACUUAUGACUAGAAAUUCUCCACUUUUCUUUUUGUAGGUAUUUACAGGGCGUGGAAACAUUGACAUCGAUGUGGCUGUUCCUUCAGGAUAGCCCUCAAUGGGAUAUCCCUAAACAAAGUGCUCGCUUUAUUCCCAAAAGUGCAAGAAAAACAAAGAAAAUUCAUACUCCUCAUCCAACUCCGAGCUCAUUAAAUCUGGCUCUUGACUCACGCUGUAGAUAUAGUGUGAACUCUACUUAUUUGAUUUCACAAGGAGUACAAAGCCUGCACAGUUCGAUGAUCUGGAAGUUGACAUGAAAUAGUCUCACAGAUGAAGUGAUUAAAUGGUUCUUUGAAGAAG